UCCCACAUAAAUUUAACUGUUUUAGCAAGUUCAGAAGUUUUGAACUUUAAUCCUUUGCGGUUCGCCUGUUUUGAAGUAUGUUUAGGCUUUCAGGGAUUAAGUACGUACUUAAUUGCAUUUCCCAACUUAUGGAAUAUAGCUAGAUACUUGUCGAAUAACACUUGUCUUGGUAAAGGUGUGAAACCUGGCAGCAGAACCAGCGCUAUUGUUGUUAUGUUAUCUUUUAUGAUCUUAUGAUUCUUAUCUGCCUUAUCGUCUUACCAUUAAUUUUAUCAAAUUGGUAUUCCUGGAUUUCCAUUUUCUGGAAUAUGGCAAACUAUGGUCCGCAGCUACCUCCUGGUUUUAAUCUCUCCAAUGAAAGCAAUGCAGAAAGCGAUCGUCAGAAGGAACAUUUGCCUGUUGUGGAUGAGGAUGAUCACAGCGGACACGAAGACAAAAAGAAGGUUUACGGGCCUGUUUUACCUCCUGGCAUCCAGACCAAAUCUUCCGCUGACGAAACUCAAAAAUGCGCUCCAAUAAUAAUCGGACCUGUAAUUCCCAGUACAGCUCUGACCAUAAAUUCCACUGCAGGUGGACUUACCGAGAUAAAAGCCAUGCCGAAGAAAGUUAUAGGACCGACUCUCCCUCCCGGCCUCUUCACGGACAGUACAAAAUCAGCUGAAGAUAAUUUAGUUGGUUCAGAUGAUGACGAUCUUGUUGGGCCCUCCGCUUCUCUUAUGGCAGCGGAAGGCGACUACUCCGCUGCGGAUGAAGUUUCCCGACGGUACCAUAUGCACGCGGAGAAAAAAAGAAAAGCGAACGAACCGGUGCAAGUCCAACGCGAGGAAUGGAUGACUGACCUCCCAGAGGCGUUACUAGGACGCAAUUCCAUACCCACGAUGCCUACCGGUCCCAGAACAUUCAAGCGUCGUGCCGAUGAAUAUGAGGCGGAUUUUUCCGGGUGGACUGCAGGGCCGGAUGGAAAGCACAAAAAAUCCGCCGGUAAAAGUGAUGAUACUAACGAGCUGCGGUAUCACCAAGCCGUAGAGAGGGAGCGCAAGCUGGAACAGGAAAUUACACAGCAUAAUAAGGACAAACGCGGCGAAAGUUUGGUGAGCAUGGCACAGAAAGAUAAGAAACAAGUGGAAAGCACGGGAAGAAGAGAGUUCGAUCGUGAAAGAGACCUUGGGAUUCGCAAAGUGACUAAACUGGACCAAGACGAAGUUUCCAAACGGGCGGCCGCUCUACGGGACCGGUUUUCUUCGUCCGGCACAUCGGGACAAAAAUACCUUUAAUAAGAAUCUGGGGGCACGCUCAGUGUGCAUGUUCUAGUUUUCGGCGCCGAUAUUUUAUCUGCAUUCCGUCUGCUGUGAUACAAGUGACACUAGUUGUACUUGUAUAUUCUCGUACCUGCUCAUAUAGUGACAUCAGACAUAUACUGUAAGCUGCAUUUAUUUUGCAAUUGUUCUUGAUGGGUUUUUGUUUAAAUGACUGUCUGCGGUGCUUCAAUCAGAAACGGAACAAGCGUGAUCCGCUUGGUCGUAUUCAUGCAUUCAGUGUCAUUGAUAAAAAAUGUUG